AUGCGUUCGUUACUGUAUCUUCCAAUGAUGGCAGGUGCUGCCCUUGCUGGCAGUUGUCCAUACAUGAGCGGUGAAAUGGGGAAGCGCGAUGAUGCUGGUCUCCAAGAGACUACCGAACAGACUGAAGAGUUCAUGGGUCGAUUCAAGCUCAAUGAUGAGCAAGGCUUCAUGACUAGCGACUGGGGCACUCCCAUUGAUGACCUUACCAGUCUCAAGGCUGGUGCCAGGGGUCCUACGCUACUAGAAGACUUUGCUUUCAGACAGAAGAUGCAAAGAUUCGAUCAUGAGAGAAUUCCUGAAAGAGUGGUCCAUGCCCGUGGUGCUGGUGUUCAUGGUGUCUUCGAGUCCUAUGGCAACUUUUCCAACAUCACGGCUGCAAGCUUCCUUGCAGAGGAGGGCAAGAAGACUCCUACAUUUGUGCGCUUCUCUACCGUCAUCGGUGAGAGAGGAAGUGGAGAUGCUGCUAGAGAUGUCCGAGGUUUCGCAACUCGCUUCUACACCGACACAGGCAACUUGGACAUCGUCGGCAUUAAUCUGCCGAUCUUUUUCAUCCAAGAUGCUAUGCAGUUCCCAGAUAUGGUUCAUGCUUUGAAGCCUCAACCCGACAAGCAGAUUCCUCAGGCUGCUACUGCUCAUGACACUGCCUAUGAUUUCUUCUCCCAACAACCGAGUACCCUGAACAUGCUUAUGCUUAUCAUGUCUGGAUACUCGCUGCCUCGUUCCUACCGCCACAUGAGUGGCUUCGGUGUCCACACUAUGCGCAUGGUCACCGAGAAAGGUGACAGCAAGCUCAUCAGAUGGCACUGGAAGUCCAAGCAAGGUACCGCAAGUCUCCUGUGGGAAGAGGCUCAAGCCAUCAACGGAAAGAACCCCGAUUACCAUCGUAAAGAUCUCUGGGAUGCCAUCGAGAAUGGCGCCUAUCCUGAAUAUGAACUCGGUGUUCAGAUCAUGGAUGAAGAUCAACAACUGGCAUUCGGCUUCGAUGUCCUUGACGCUACCAAAUGGAUCCCUGAGGAACUCGUCCCCAUCACCAUUCUCGGAAAGAUGACUUUGAAUCAGAACCCAACAAACUACUUUGCAGAGACUGAAAGCAUUGGUUUCCAGCCUGGACAUGUGGUGCGAGGUAUCGACUUCAGCGAGGAUCCACUGCUUCAAGGACGUCUCUUCUCCUACUUGGACACUCAAGUCAACAGACAAGGAAUCAACUUCGAACAACUUCCCAUCAACCGCCCUCGCAUCCCCAUCCACAACAACAACCGCGAUGGUCGUGGACAGCAAUACAUCCCUACCAACAACUACGCCUACUCGCCCAACUCACUCAACAAGGGUUUCCCCAAACAAGCCAAUCAGACAGUGGGCAAAGGCUUCUUCACCGCACCCGACCGCCGUUUGACUGGAGCUUUUGUUCGCGAGCUCUCGCCCACAUUCAACGACCACUGGUCGCAAGCACGCAUGGUAUACAACUCACUCUCUGCAGCAGAACAGCAAAUCGUGAUCAACAGUCUGCGUUUCGAAGUCGCCCAAGUGCAAUCCCAAGUCGUCAAGCAAAACUUCAUCAUCCAGCUCAACCGCAUCUCCCACGAUCUUGCUUCCCGCGUUGCUGUUGCUCUGCAAGAUGUCAUUGUUCCAGAGCCAGACCACACUUUCUACAACAAUCGCAGCUCUGCUCACAUUUCCAUCUUCAACACUACACUGCCUACCAUCAAGGGCCUCAACAUGGGUAUCUUGGCAUCUACAUCUUCCAACGCUUCCAUGGCUCAAGCUGCACAACUAGCCAAGGCAUUCACAACCCAAGGUCUUUUCGUCAGCAUCGUCGCCGAGUCCCUCGUUUCAGGCGUCAAUGCUACUUACUCCACCGCUGACGCCCACGCCUUCGAUGCCGUUGUCAUCACAGCAGGCUCCGAAGCCAUUUUCAGCGGUGAAAAGACUUCAUCACUGUAUCCCCUCGGCCGCCCAAUGGAGAUUCUGAAGAACGCAUAUGCAUGGGGUAAAGCUGUUGGUGCUGUGGGCAAGGGCAGAAAGGCGUUGGAAGUUGCCGGUAUUGAGCAGAGGGAGGGUGUGUACUUUGCCAAUGGGACUGCAGAGGCAGUGGAGAGUUUCGAGUGUGGUCUUGCCACUUUUAGAUUCUUGGAUAGGUUCCCUGUUGAUGAGUAG